AUGGGAACGGUCUUUGGACUGCCAUCGUUCUAUUCGUACUUCAAACUUAACACUACUGGCCCCAAUGCCACCUACGCGAACAACAUUAUUGGUGCAACCAAUGGCAUCUACUCGGGCGGUGGUAUCAUUGGUUGCCUUUGUCUCCCUUGGCUCGCCGACCAUAUCGGCAGAAAGCGCACCAUCCAGAUCACCUGUCUAAUCUGCAUCGUCGCUGUGGUCCUGCAGUGUGGCGCCGUGCACGUUGGGAUGCUAUUGAUAGGCAGGUUCCUGGGAGGGGCAAGCGCCGGCAUGAUGAAUUGUAUCGUCCCUCUGUACAUGUCUGAGGUGGCCCCGCCCGCACGACGCGGGAAGCUCGUGGGACUACACGGCACCCUCUUGGUUCUUGGAUACGGCCUCGCUGGCUGGACUGGGUUAGGGUGUUAUUUCGAGCCCAACCCACAGAUCCAGUGGCGUCUCUGCCUCGCCUUGCAACUCGUCGCUCCUCUAGCGUUGAUUCUCCCCAGCCCCAAGCUACCUGAGUCUCCUCGCUAUCUGCUCCAGAAGGGUCGACACGUCGAGGCUCUCGCCCUGCUCUGCAGACUACACCACUCUCCCGAGGACCCACACGACAUCAUGGCCCGCGAAGAGUCGGUUCAGAUCCAGCGGCAGCUGGAACUCGACAAAAGCAUGCCCAAGGGCCUCGUAGCCAUCGUGCGGACCCCGUCCUUGUUCAAACGCUAUCUCCUCGGCGUUUUUGUCCAGUGCCUGGCCCAGUCCACUGGGGUACUGGUCGUCAAUAACUACCAAGUCAUCCUCCUUAACGGCCUGGGUUUGACUGGGUGGCUGCCACUCCUCCUUUACGCCAUCUACGCGUCCUGGGCCGCCGUCCUGAAUUUGGUCGCCGCUCUCAUCGUGGACCGAGCCGGUCGUGUCCGCUUAUUAUGCAUCGGCAUUACCGGAUGUGCCCUGAUGAUGACCGUCUACACCGCGCUGGUCGCCAAGUACUCGGGCACCACCAACAAGACGGGCCAGGCCUUUGCCGUCCUGUUUUUGUACCUAUUUGUGACCUUCUACGCCUUGUGCGUCGACGCCGUCAGCUAUGUCUACUGCUCCGAGAUCUUCCCCACCUCGUUGCGGGCCUCUGGUAUGGCGGCCUCGGUCACUGGACUCUUUGCCACGACCUUGCUCUACACCCAACCGGCACCUCAAGCGUUUGCCGUGAUUGGCUGGAAGUACUAUCUCAUUUUUAUCAUCGUGCCCAUCUGUGGCGUCCCCUUCCUUUACCUGUUCGCGCCCGAGACGAAAGGUUUGAGACUGGAGGAGGUCGGCGCUCUGUUCGGCGAGCAGAUCGCCAUCGACUUUACGCACAUGAACCCCGAGGAGCGGGCGCGCUUCGACCGCGAGCUGCUGCAUUCAGACGACGGGCCGGCCGAAAAGGUCUUGGAGAGCCCGAUCAAGUGA